ACUGCAAAAACAACAGGUAUUCAACUAUGACUUCAAACAUUGCUGAAUCUCUAAAUGCAGCAAACUUAGCAGCUAGAGAGCUACCAAUCACAACACUGAUGGAGUCAUUGAGAGCUUUGAUACAACAAUGGACAUACACAAACAGGAAAAAAGCACAGAAAACAACAACAUUUUUAACACCUACAGCAGAGAAGAAAUUAGUCGACAACUUUGUGGACUCAUUGACAGAAAAUGUAAAACCAAUAAACGAGACCAUGUUCGAAGUCGUUGAACUAACCAGAUCAUGGGUCAUCAACCUCAAGGAGAAAACAUGCAGUUGCAACAGAUUCCAACUUGACGAAUUACCGUGUGCUCAUGCACUUGCUGUUAUAAAAGAGAUGAACUUGAAUGUUUACAACUACUAUUCAGUUUUAAAAGCAGACAGUUGGUUAAUAGUUUCUCCGUAG